AUUCCAUGUGAGUAAAACAUUGUAAAAGUAGCAUGCUUCACAGACAUAGCUGUUAGCCCGUUGCUGCGUAAACAGUGAACUAUGCUCUGAUUAAGUUGAUGAAAUAUCUCAGAUAUUUAGCGUGAUUGCUGACUGUUACCUAUGUUAUUGCCGUCUUAUAAUCACAGCUUUCCAUGUCUUACAUUUGUCUGCACUUUUCAAGCUGUUAGCUGCUGGAAGCAGCCUGUUAGUUAGUCAUCUGUUUCUGCAUCUGAGUGUAAAGUACAUUUAAACCCAUACAAUAACCUAUACAUAACAGCGUUAACACUGUGGUUGAGAUUGUGAGGGAAGCAUCCAGUGAAAACAUGAAGCUGAACAGUUUAUUUUGUUUAUAGAUGCCAAAUGCACUGACUUAGCAGCCAUUGUUACACAUAUUGAGCUGUUUCAGUGGCAUGGCUUGCGUAGAUAAUCAAAGGGUCUGUUUUCUCACCAACAGUGAAAAUGAACCCUUUGCUGGAUAUGGCAUCAGCAAGACCCCGGAGAGCAAAGAUUAAACCUAGAGAAGAGGCUGCACAUUUUACAUCCUUGUGCAAAGACAAGGAUGGAUUUGAUGUGAAGUUCAUAAAUUCCUUCAAAGGUCGAGGAGUGUUCAGCUGCCGACCCUUUCAAAACGGAGACUUCCUAAUUGAAUAUAGAGGGGAAGUCAUAACUAAAUCUGAACGUGAACACCGGCAACAAGUAUACCAUUGUGCACUUAAGGUUUUCAUGUUUGACUUUCGUAUAAAUGGACAAGAGUUAUGUGUUGAUGCUGCCAAAGAGGACAACUCCCUAGGGAGACUUGUCAACGAUGACCAUGUGAACCCGAACUGCAAAAUGAAAUUGAACAAAGUGGAUGGAAAGCCCCAUCUUUGUCUUUUUGCACUCAAAGACAUCAGUCCUGGAGAAGAGAUAGCUUAUGACUACAGUGAUUCUGAUUGGCCAUGGAGAUGCAAGAUUUCCACUGAGGCAGAGACUCUGCAUGAAGAAGCUGCCAUGGCAUCUGAGUCCCACUAUGAUGACAUUCAACAGGUGAGUUAACCACAACUCAAUGUUGGUAUUAGUUACAUGUUUCUUUCCAGUUAUAAACCAUGAAGACUGGAUGUGAAUGCUGAGGUUAGAUACACAGGUCCUGUGUAUCACUCUACUGGACAGCUUUAGACACUAAGAGGACUGUGUGUCAAUGCUGUUUUUCUUCUGUUAAACUGAAUGAUCAUACUCUUUAGAUAUGAAAUACUAUAUUCAGUGUCUUUCUACCUGAUUGUAAUAACUCACA